AUGAAUGAGCAAGCUGUUUCUGACGAGAGCUAUCCGACGGAAAAUGAAACUCAUAUUCAUAAUGGACCAUCAUUACAUACACGAUACAUCUUUGCAAGCGCAUGGAUAAUCAUUGCUGUCGCGGGUGUUUUAGGGAAUAGUUUAGUUAUAUAUGUAGCAGUUCGAUUUCAGAAGAUGACGAACGUCACCAAUUGUUUUAUCGUGAAUUUGGCUGUUACGGACAUUGUCUUUCUGGCGUUCUGUAUGCCAUUGCUAGUCGCCCAAUACACGUUGGAACACUGGCCAUUCAACGAAACAACCUGUAAACUAAUGAACUUCAUUUCAUUUGUCAGCGUCCUUGUUACAGUUCUGACAUUAGUAGCCAUGACAAUUGAUCGAUAUGUUUAUGUUGUUCGACCGUUUCAAAACUUGAGAUGGAGAAAGCCGCGGUACAUACUUCUACUUAGUAUUAUUAUUUGGUUAACUUCAUGUCUAUUCGCUUCGCCAUUCUAUUACUUCUAUGGUGUAUCUCAUGCGGAUAAUAAUUAUCGUGAAUGUGUUCUACGUAGUAAUGAUGAUUUUCAACAAUAUUUUCGAAUCUAUACUGUGACGAUCUACUAUUUUAUUCCACUAACAAUUAUUAUAAUGUCUUACGCUCGAUUGCUCUACUACGUCUACUCGAAAGAGAACAAGCUGAAGCCGAAAACAAAACAUAGCGUUGUCAAAUGGUCGAAAAAACGUCGAGCAGUGACGAAAAUGGUGGCCAUCGUUACACUGGUCUUUUCCUUAUGCUGGCUGCCAAUUACAUUAUACAUCAUGUCGGCGAGUAUCUUCAAAGAAAAAACUCGAAUUCUCUAUUAUUUCAAAGUUAUUGCUAAUUCGUGUGCUUAUCUCAAUUCAGCGAUCAAUCCGAUCUUAUACGCAUUUUUAAAUCGAAGUUUCCGUAAUAACUGCGGAAGUUUAUUUACUCGACCGUCGUGUGGAUUUAUCUGUGUUGAUCAGUAUCAUCCAUCGCCACAUCUACAGGCAGAAACACGAGAAGAACAACGCAAAGAACAACAAAAAUACACAUCGGUUCCAUUAUCAACUCAAUUGGAUAGGUUUAGUUAUCAAUCAACAAAUCGCCGUUCAUCAUCCCCAAAAUAUAAGAACAAAAAACAGAGAAAAAAGAGUUUGACAAACUCAUAUCCGAAUCAGUUAACAUCAGGAGUCACUCCUCACAAUGACUUCUCGGAUGCAGAUUAUGAACUAUCGGCAGCUGAGUGUGACAAUCCAGCCAAUCUAGAGCUUAAUCCUUCUACGAACCUAUUACAUGCACAAGCAACAAUAGAGAAUUGUAAUGGUUCGAACGUUUUUGUCAUAUUUGGCAAACAUUCUCUGUUUCUCACCAUUAACUACUUAUCGAGCCACCUGAAUCACAAUAAUACACCAUGA